CUUUGGCAGGGAAAAGAAAAGAAAAUGGUUCCAUUAGACGGAAUCGUGUGGACGUGCAGGCGCAGCAAGUUCAGUUCCGUCUUCAGUGACGGGCUCGACUGCAGUCUCUGUCCCCGCCCGUGACUGCUUUACCGGCGGCAUCUGAUCGUGUUCUGCUCCCCCGACGCGCGCGCUUUCGCCGUCGCUUCACUUCACUCCCCUGCUCCUCCUCGUCACGGUCGCGAUCGCGCUUCCCCAACCAUUGAAUCGCGAAAGGGAAGAAAGCUACCGCUGCUCCGCGGCCUCUCGCUUAUCCUUCUCCCGUGGCCUCUUUCGGCGCCGCCGACGCCGCCAUGUCGGAGCACCUCCCGCUCGGGAGCCGCGGGGGCUCCCCACUCCCCUUCCACCGCCUGCAAGAGACGUCGCACCCUCGCCCGCACGGCAACCCCGACCCGCUCGCCUCCGUCUGGAUCCGCCGCCUCCACCUCACCCCCAACCCGCCGCCCCAGGCCAGCCUCGCGCCCCCGCCGCCGCAGCAAGGGUACGACGCCGUCUCCAGCCGCAGCGCCGGGUUCGGCCCCUUACGCUGGAGCCCGCGCCCGCCGCCGUUUGCCGCGUGGGACGCAGCCCACGUCCCCAGUGGGAGCGGGAGCGGCCCGCCGAUGCUGUCGCCCUUCUUCCGCUUCCCGCCGCCGCCGCUGCCGGGGGUCGCGGAUGUCGGGGGGUUCGCACCCAUCAGGCCUACGAUCGGGUUUGGCAGCAGCGGCGGCGGGUUCCCCGAGUUGUCGUCGCGGGCGAUUGUCGGAGACAACCCCCACGCUUCCUGGCUGGCGACCGCAGCUGCAGGUUCAGCUUAUCCUAGACAUGCUGUGGAUCCCAUAAGAACUUCCCAUGAUCCCCAUGUUAGACAGCACAACAUGGCACCACAAAAUUUUGCAAGGAGUUGGCCUAGUUCUAGCAGCCAACAGGAUGAACCUUUCUCCUAUUGGAACAUGGGAAGGUUCCAAAGAAGCACCACGACUUCAUCGAUCUCUGUCGCACCCAGCAAUUUUGUGAAGAAGAGGAAUGCUGACUCGAACAGUUUUAUCCCUCCGAAGUUCAGAAAGUUGAACGGAGCUGGUUAAAACCAUAGCUUUGUGCCAAGGUCUUCCAUAAGAAGCAUAAAUAUGCAAUUGCCUGGAAGAGCAUGCAGCGGCGCUACUGCUUCACCUAGUAUGGGCUAAAAAAGGCUUGGAGAUGCAAGUAUAUGGCUAUCGACCUAUCGUGUAAAGUAAAUUUGCCCCCAAAAUUUUGCAUCGCAUCCUCUGAUAACACCUACGCAUUUGGUAUGAGAUCUCAAUGGUACUCACCACUGAUGCAUGUUUGUAGAAUUUGGGGCAAUAUAUAGGACUAAUGUGAAGCAAUGUGCAUCUCUCACAGUGCUGGUAUUACUAAAAAAAUAAGUCUUGCCACGGAAAGGCUCUUAUUUUGUCAUCUUUGUAUUUGUUGUGAACAUACAUGCUUCCUAUUGUUUGCUUUCUUUUCCAAUAUUCGAUUUUGAGAUA